AUUCUUUCCCAUCAUAGGAUUCAAUUCUGAAGGUGUUUAAGCUCUGAAUACAUACAAGCUCUUCAUACAUAGAAAUGUCUGGCUCAUACGAUGAUUCCGUUGGAGUAGAAGUUUCUAGUGAUAGCUUCUGGGAGGUUGGAAAUUACAAGCGGACAGUAAAACGAAUUGAUGAUGGUCACAGACUUUGCAAUGAUCUCAUGAACUGCAUUCAUGAACGGGCCCGAAUAGAGAAGGUUUAUGCUCAGCAGCUUACAGAAUGGGCCAAAAGGUGGAAACAGCUUGUGGAAAAAGGCCCACAGUAUGGAACAGUAGAAAGGGCUUGGUGUGCUUUUAUGUCAGAAGCUGAAAAAGUGAGUGAACUACAUCUAGAAGUGAAAGGUUCACUGAUGAAUGAAGACUUUGAAAAAAUCAAGAACUGGCAGAAGGAAGCCUUUCAUAAGCAAAUGAUGGGAGGAUUUAAGGAAACCAAAGAAGCAGAAGAUGGAUUUAGGAAAGCUCAGAAACCCUGGGCAAAAAAGCUGAAAGAGGUGGAAGCUGCAAAGAAAGCAUACCAUGCGGCCUGCAAAGAGGAGAAACUGGCUAUAUCUAGAGAAACAAACAGCAAAGCUGAUCCAGCACUAAAUCCUGAACAGCUUAAGAAAUUACAAGACAAAGUGGAGAGAAGCAAACAAGAUGUGCUGAAGACAAAAGAAAAGUAUGAAAAAUCACUGAAAGAAUUAGAUAAUGCCACUCCUCAGUAUAUGGAGAACAUGGAGCAGGUAUUUGAACAAUGUCAGCAGUUUGAGGAAAAACGCUUACGUUUCUUUCGAGAAGUGUUACUGGAAGUUCAAAAACACCUUGACUUGUCUAAUGUUGCAAGUUAUAAAAACAUCUACCAUGAACUGGAACAGAACAUCAAAACAGCAGAUGCUGUUGAAGACUUGCGGUGGUUCAGAGCUAAUCAGGGUCCCGGGAUGUCAAUGAAUUGGCCUCAGUUUGAGGAUGAUGAGUGGUCUGCGGAUCUGAAUCGCACACUCAGCAGAAGAGAAAAGAAGAAGGCUUCUGAUGGAGUGACUCUGACUGGGAUCAAUCAGACGGGAGAUCAAGUGUCACAGCCUAACAAACACAGCAGCAGUCUUAGUGUCCAGAGUAACACAGUGCAGUCAGUACAAUCAAGUUACAAUCCCUUUGAAGAUGAAGAAGAUACUGGGAGUACUGUCAGUGAAAAGGAGGACAAUAAGAUCAAAAAUGUUAGCAGCUAUGAAAAAAACCAAAGCUACCCUACAGAUUGGUCUGAUGAAGAGUCCAACAAUCCCUUCUCUUCUACUGAUGCCAAUGGAGACACCAAUCCCUUCGAUGAAGAUACCUCUCCUGCCAUGGAGGUGAGAGUACGUGCACUCUAUGACUAUGAGGGCCAAGAGCAAGAUGAGCUCAGCUUUAAAGCUGGGGAUGAGUUAACUAAAAUGGAGAAUGAAGAUGAGCAGGGUUGGUGCAAAGGACGCCUGGACAAUGGACAAGUCGGUUUAUACCCAGCGAACUAUGUAGAACCAAUCCAGUGACAAAGGACAAAGCUCACACAGAAGUGUUACAGAAGCUCUGUAGGCUUGUACAGUAUAUUUAAAGCGAGAGGGAACUGAAUGAUGUAUAGACUGUAUAUAUUUUAAUGAGAGGCGAGAGCUUGACACUGAAAUCAUGGUGAUUUAAAGACAGAAGUUAGAACUAAUAAUUUGUCAUUGUUUUCACAACGUGCACAAUGCAAAGGAAAGGGGUUAGGUGGAAAAAAUAGUAUGAUAGGAAAAAACUUUUAAGCUUUUUCUUCCCACAUGGUCUAUUAUUGUGACUCCAAAACAUUUUUGCAUUUUCUAUGCUUGUGCCUCAUCCUACCCUAGGUAUGUGGCUUACGCUCACUUUUGUUUAAUCAGUUAUUUUAAGUGACCUUCAGUAACUUCCAACUUGAAUUUUAAAGAUAGUUAAUUUUCUAUUGGUUCUUAGCAAUGUCUGAAAGAUGCAGUAUUUUUUUAUUUAAAUGCUAUGUAGUUAAGCACCUUUUUGUAUGCUUGGAUUUAUCAAUUAAUACUUAAAUUAUGACAUAGAUUUAGUCACCAGUUGACUGAAUGAAAACUCUUUCCAUGUUGUAGUAAUCUGUCUAUGUUGUCAGCAUGGCUUGAAGUUGUAAAACAAAUACUGUAUUUAAUGAAUAUCUGUUACAGAAGGUUAUUUGUAGCAGAGAUACCUGCAGGUGUCAUGGGUUGGGAUUCUAUUAUGAAUGUUGUCUACAUGGUUUGACACUUAGAGUUUUCCAUCUAGAUCUUAAAUGACACUCAAAAGAAAGAUAAAUUAUGCAUAAACCCCAGAAUAGUAGCUAUUUCCAGCAUGCGUUUGCA